AUGUCGGACGAGGAUAUCGAUUUCGUCAAAGGAUAUGCACGACAUAAUGAAAUUAAAAAAGAACAAAAUUUAAGUCUUUAUUAUGUAUAUCCUAUUAUAGAUGAAGUUUCAGAAACGAAUGUUCUUACUAAUGACAUAAAAAAUCUACGAAAAUUAAACCAAGAAGGUAUAUUAGUUGAAGAUGGAUUAUAUGCUUCUGAUAAUCCAUUCAUUUAUAAUGAUAUUGAACUUUCCGAAUUUAGUAAUAUAAAUAUAUUAGAAUACGAUUCAAAACGUAAAUUUUCUGGUAAAUUGCUAGAAAUUGUAAUUCGCGAAGUAAAUAUUAAUACUUUGACUGAUCAAAUAGAUUCUAUUGAAAUUACAUCUGUCUACUUGUUAUUCAAGAAAAAAGUUAUUUGUAAAGCAAAUAGUCCUUUUAAUAGAAAGUUACAUAAAUUAUUAAUUAAGAACUCUGAAUUCAAUAAUCUUUCAAUACAAGUAUAUACUAAAAGUGGUCAAUCUAGCAUAUUACCAUUACCACUACCAAAAUGUAAUAUUGAAAAUCAUAAAGUAGACAUAGACUUUGCAAUAGGUAAUAAAUUUGGUAGAAUACAUGCUGGAACAGUAAUAUGUACAAUUACUUUAAGUAACUAUGGUGAAAAUGAACAGAAGUCAUGUACAAUUUAUCCUUAUAAAUUAAGUAAUGAUCCAAAUGAUCCACAAAAUAGUAUGUCUCUAUUGAGGCCAUCAAAAAGUGUUUAUAAAAAGCAAGUAAAAUAUUUCUUACUGGAAGAACCAGUACUAACUUUUGACACAAAUUUAGAAAUUGUCACUCUUAAGAAAGUUCAAACAGAAGAAACAAAGUUACCAGAUAUAGUCAUAACGGAACAACCUGCAUUUUCUUUACUGAAUAUAUCAUUUAGAAACCUAUUCCAAACUAAACAUCCAUUAGAAUUAUUAUCUGGUACCCGCAGACAUCAAGCAGUAGGAAAGACAGUUUUGAGUGUUACUAUUUUACGUGGUAUAGAAGUACCGAUUAGAGAAGAGUCUGCAUUAGUUCAACCAUUUGCAGAAGUUGAAUGGGGUAAUACAAUACACACAACAUGUAUAGCAGAAGGUCCAGCACCAGUAUGGCAACAAACAAUGUAUUUUGAAUUGCCAAGACAAAAUGAAGAACAUUGUAUAAAGUUUCGUUUAUAUGAUGAACAUCCUGUUUGGGGUCAACAAUGGCUGGGUGAAGCUAGAAUUCCACUUGAAUAUCACAGAAAUUACCAAGAGCUUGAACGAUGGAUUGUAUUGUCUCCUUUAUUUAGUCCAAGUUUAUUAUUUGGAUAUAUACAAGCUAGUCCUGGCCAAUCAUGUACUCGAAUUUAUGUUCUGAUUAAAAUGGAACAUCCAAGUACUGUAAAGUCAAUUGAAAGUACUACUAUAAAUACAUUAUUGAAAGGAAUUCAACGAUGCCUUGUUACAUCAUAUAAAAUUAAUGGUGUGGAAAGUCCAAAAGAUGCUGCAAGAUUAGCAAUGCUUUUACCAUCAUUACCUAAUCAUUAUGGACCAAUUACACCACGUCAAACAUUAAACAUGAGGAAAGUAGAUCACUAUGGAAGAGCUGCUUUAUUAGCAGUAUUAUUACAAGGCCUAGAUUUACAAACAUAUGUUUUAUUGGGUUCUUCUCAAAUAAGUAAAUGGACAGCAUUUGUUCUAAGCAUUAGUGAAAAUAGAAUAUAUACAUUAUGGGAUGCAGAAGUUGGAAACUACUAUAAAUUAGAUGAUAGUUAUUGUCCUUUAAUGAAAGUAUCUCGUUUAAUCAAUCAUUCUGGUAUAUGGGAAAAUUUGCAAAAAUCUAUUCUACCUCAUAAUCUUAAGUAUGACGUGAAAUUAACUAAAGAAUGGCGAUCUAUUGAUGGCAAUACUUCAGUGAAAAAUGAUCAUGCUGUUCAAGUAUUGGAAUUAAAUAUUACAGAGCAAGAAUUAACACAAAUUAAAAAGACCGCUAUGGAUAUAGAACAAUCCUUAAAAGAUAAACUAGCUCAUUGGCGCAGUACAAUUGGUUUAACAACAAUUUUUAAUCGACAUGCAGUAGCGAUUUUACGAAACUUUAUGUCUAAGAUAGAAGCCACUUCGGAAGUACAGUUAGAUAAGAAAGAGUUGAAACAAUUGUACAGAGCUUACCACGUUCAUGGUUUUAUUUUAAACCAACGUGAAUGUCGCAUUGAUGAUUUGAGCGAACAUUUACGAGCAACGAAGAUUUACAAUAUUAAUGGGCCAAUUGAAUUUGCUGUGGUAUGUCAGAUGCAACCUUAUAUUGGGAAAAUUUCCUCGAUUUGGUUGGCUGUUAUCAUUCUUAGAAGUCGUGAAUAG